UCAUAGAAAGAGUACGAAAAGCUGUGCGCGCAGUUUUAGUUUUGUUUGAUAUCGGUUGGUUAACGCACGUGCGAUUUCAUUACGGACGGCUUUAAAAAAACAUACAUAUUUACUUAAAUAAAGUAACGUACUUAUUAUUAAAUAACAAUAUUUCUGUUGCUGUUGGAGCAAAUUUUAAUGCAACUGUGUUAACAUGGUUGAAACGGCUACAACAACAACUAUCACGCGUACGUCGUCCAGUGCGUCGCCGAGCAACGUUGGGCCACCAGCCACGCCUACUGCAGCGCUGGUGCAUCGCAAUGACGAGACAACUCGCGGCAUUUACAAUAUAAAAAUUAUUGUUUUUUUAUUGUUUCUGCCUUUUGUGUUAUUUGCUGUGCUUCUUAAACAUCUUUUGGACUACCUAUUCGCUCUUGGACUUAAGGAAAAAGACGUGAGCGGAAAGGUAGCACUGGUGACAGGCGGUGGGAGUGGCUUGGGUCGCGAAAUUUGUCUGGAGCUGGCAAGAAGGGGAUGCAAGGUAGCCGUCGUGGAUGUCAAUUCCAAGGGCUGCUAUGAGACAGUAGAGUUGCUAUCUAAAAUUCCUCGUUGUAUGGCAAAGGCAUAUAAGAAUGAUGUUUCCUCACCACGUGAACUACAGUUGAUGGCUGUUAGAGUGGAAAAGGAGCUGGGUCCCGUCGAAAUUCUGGUGAACAAUGCGUCCCUGAUGCCAAUGACAUCGACGCCGCAUCUGAAAAGCGAUGAAAUCGACACUAUCUUGCAGCUUAACCUCGGCUCCUAUAUAAUGACAACAAAAGAGUUUUUACCAAAGAUGAUUACGCGUAAAUCAGGUCACUUGGUGGCAGUUAAUGCAUUGGCAGGACUGGUACCGCUUCCUGGCGCGGGAAUUUAUACGGCAACAAAGUAUGGCAUUAUGGGCUUCAUGGAAGCACUACGUGCGGAGCUGCGCCUUUCGGACUGUGACUAUGUGCGUACAACUGUCGCCAAUACUUACUUAAUGAGGACCAGCGGAGAUUUGCCGCUUCUAAGCGAUGCGGGAGUAUCGAAAAGUUAUCCCGGCCUCUCUACUCCCUAUGUGGCAGAGAAAAUUGUUAAAGGCGUGCUAUUAAAUGAGCGUAUGAUUUACGUGCCAAAAAUAUUUGCACUUAGUGUAUGGCUUUUCAGAUUAUUGCCGACUAAAUGGCAGGAUUAUAUGCUGCUACGAUUCUAUAAUUUCGAUGCGCGCAGCGCACACUUGUUUUAUUGGAAAUAAACGUAAAACAUCUAGGGUAAUGAUAUUUAA